AUGUCCAUCAAUAAUGAGAAGAAGAUGAUCCCGGGUGAUGGGGUGCCCGACAUGACCGACCAGGAGCAGCAGAUUUACGAAGCAGGCGUCCAGAAGUUCAACAAGCUAGGAUGGAAGCGACUGACAAUCGUCCUGAUUGUGGAGGCCGUCGCUCUCGGAUCUCUCUCCAUCCCGUCUACAUUUGCAACCCUCGGCAUGGUGGCAGGUGUCAUCUGUUGCGUGGGUCUGGGUCUUGUCGCAGUCUACACUAGCUACAUCAUCGGCCAGGUCAAAGUCAAGUACCCUCACAUCACGGACUACCCCGAAGCGGGUAGAAUGAUGUUUGGCCGAUGGGGAUAUGAGAUCGUCUUCAUCAUGUUGUGUUUGGAGCUGCUGUUGUCAGCGGGAUCCCACUGUCUCACUGGAUCAAUUGCCUUCGUCAACAUCACAGGAAGCAACAUCUGUACUGUGAUUUUCGGCUUCGUGUCCGCCGUCAUUCUGCUGCUAUUUGCCGUGCCACCCAGUUUCUCUGAUAUGGCUAUUCUUGGAUAUAUCGAUUUCGCCUCCAUUAUCAUCGCCAUCGGAAUCACUAUUAUCGGAACUGGCGUUGAGGCUAGCAACAGUACCGGCCUUGCAGCAGUCGACUGGUCGGCUUGGCCAAAGGAAAACCUCAGCUUUUCCGAGGCAUUCAUCGCCCUCUCCAACAUUAUCUUCGCUUAUAGUUUCGCUCUGUGCCAGUUCUCUUUCAUGGAUGAAAUGCACACGCCUACUGACUUCCCCAAGUCCGUGUGGGCCCUCGGUCUGGCUGAAAUCUUCAUCUACACUGUGACUGGCGCACUUGUGUAUGCCUUCGUCGGCCAGGAUGUCCAGAGCCCUGCCCUGCUGUCUGCCGGUAGUCUACUCAGCCGAAUUGCGUUCGGUAUCGCCUUGCCAGUUAUCUUCAUCAGUGGUUCUAUCAACACUGUUGUGUUGGCUCGGCUCGUCCACGGCCGGAUUUUCAAGAACUCCAACAUCCGCUUUAUCAACACCAAGAUGGGAUGGAUGACCUGGCUGGCCUUGAUCACAUUCUUGACAAUCCUUGAAUUUGUCGUUGCGGAGGUUAUUCCUUUCUUCAGUGAUCUCUUGUCGCUCAUCUCGUCCCUCUUCAUUUCCGGAUUCACCUUCUACUUCCCCGCUAUCAUGUGGUUCAUGUUCAUCCGCCAGGACAGCUCGUCAGUCAGCAAGACUAUCCUUCUCAGCGUGGUCAACGUCAUUAUCCUGAUUAUUGGUCUGAUUGUUCUCGGUGCUGGCACCUAUUCAAGUGUCGUUGAUAUUAUCAAGUCCUACGAUGAAGGUACCGUUGGCGGAGUGUUCUCGUGCAGCUCUUAA